AUGUCGAGACUCCAACCACGCCUCAAGGCUGUCGCAACUGUUUCCUCUCAGGCCGCGUCUGCGACAAAAGAUCCCCCCUCAAGACCAGCGACUCCAGGAUCUCGUCCAAAUGUCCGACCUCCGCCAGUGGAUCCAGUGUCAAAUCGCGCGACUUUGUUCUUGAUCAGACGAACGCUGUGUUCUCAGUUGGGAGAGAAGGGUCGAAACACACCUGCACCAAUCGACCAACUUCUCCCGCCCUUGACGAGCAGUAAUGAAGUGGACUUGCAGCUGUACGCACUAAUAUCUAUCAUAAUUCGAGAAUUUGUGCAGACGUGGUAUACGAAGAUCACCCCGGACCAGGUUUUUGUGGAAGAAGUGGUAAAAAUCAUAGCCCAUUGCACCAGGGCUUUGGAGCAGAGGUUGAGGAAGGUUGACCUGGAGAGCUUGGUAUUUGACGAAUUGCCAGAGCUACUGGAAGUUCAUUUACAAGCAUAUCGAGCUUCCCGCGACCCUCUUCACCCGAGUCCGGUCGAAUCGAAUCCCCGACAGAUAUAUCACUCAUUGUGGCCCUUCCCUGCUCUAUCACCCGUUCCCGAUGGAGAACACGCUACUCUGGAGCGGAUGGAGAACGAGUCGGCAUACAGACAGCUAUUGGUUCAAGGAGUUUUGGCCGUACUAUUGCCAACAGAGGACUUGGAAAAUGACUGUUUGACUACCCUUGUAGGUCAAAUAUUUUCUGAGAUGAUUUUGGGCGAUGGUAUUGGCGGGAAAGCUUCCGAGCCUUGGCUGCUUUGGGAGGGUAUGACGAAGAUUGCAGAGGCCAUUCAAAGCAAGCUUCCAAAUAACAAGGCGCAAGUCCGGGUUGAAAGAUCGAAUUCGGAUCUCAUGGACUCUGUUCCGCUGAGCCUUACUGGCAAAAGAACAAAGUCGUGGAAGAUUGGCCGGUCAUUACACAAGACCUUUUGGCUCGUGCUUCAAUACGGAUAUGUCGCAUUUACUGCGAUCCGCUUUUUCAUCAUUACUCUCGCUACUGCAUCAUCAUUACCUUCUCGUAUUGCACCUACGACGAAGAUUACUGGCUCGAGUUUAGCGAACGAUCACAUGGGACCGCCGAAAUCAGCCAGCUCUGAGACUUCUUCAGCAAAACGACAGGUACCUUCGAAACAGCCUAUUGUGAAGAUGAAGAUAUGGUCUUGUGCUGCUAGUCUACUAGAUCUAGAUGCCCGCAUGCCUUGGCUGAACGCCACAAUAUCUCUCCUUCAAUGGGCUUCACUUACCGGGCCUGGAGAAAUCGGAAAUACGGAUGGAAUGGUCGACAAGUAA